AUGGAUCCCAACCUGAAGCUGGUCCUCGACGAGCUCAAUCGCCGGUUCGACGAACAGGAUGAGAAGUGGGAGCGCCGCUUCUCCGAUCUGGACCGCGACCGCACUGCUCGCGAUUCGGCGGUCGACGGCCGCCUCACCACCCUGGAGGCCGCCUGCUCCGACCUGGACACGAUUCGGCUCGCCCACACCAACGACGACCGCGACAGCAGAGUCACGGCGCUGGAGGUGGCGGCCACGUACCUCGGGACUUGGCGGCCGGCGGUGGAGGCGCUCGUGGACGACCUCAGGCUCGAGCUUACCACUGUGUCUGACUAUGUCACACGCUUUACUGAACUCGUGGAUCAGCUAUCGGCUUACUCCAAUUCUACCAACCCCGUCUAUUAUACCAUGCGUUUUAUCGAUGGGUUGUUUCUAGAAAUUAAGGCAGUUGUGUUGGUUCAGCGUCCACAAAACCUCGAUGCUGCUUGUGUUUUGGCAUUGUUGAAGGAGGAGGCGGGGGCUGCAGCUCCGACCAAGCAGCCUCGUUCCGGUGAUUGGUAUGCUUCGUCCAAAUUCCAGCAUACUCCUAGGACGCCAUUGCCACUUCCGCCGCCACCCCGUACUGACAAGGGACCAACCCCAGCUCCUGGUCCUGUGGUAGCAGCUCCUGCAGUUAAGCAUUCUUCAAGUGCUGAUCCCAAGCUUCAGGCGGUCAAGGCUUAUCGGAAGGCUUUGGGUCUAUGUUACAAGUGUGGUGCCAAGUGGAGUAAAGACCACACAUGUCCUCCUAAAGUGUUGCUUGCAGUGGAAGCUCUUUGGGACUCGUUUGAUAACUCUAAAGAUGGUUGUUCUGAACAUCAGGAGAAGCCGGUCACCGAGCAGUUGUUUGUUGCCAUCUCCAAAGCUGCUGCUCUUGGUGCUUGUGCUGCUCGUACUAUCUGGUUUUUAGGGACAGUCGCUGGCCAUCCAGUGCUAAUUCUGAUUGAUUCCAGUAGCUCAUCAUCAUUUCUCAGUGAAUCAUUGGCCGCCAAAUUAUCGUGA